UACACAGUGGAGAUUAUAAUCGAACCUGUUACAAGGAAAAAGGCAGCAUUCAAUAUGUACUCAAAUAAAACAGAAGGACCACGUAGAGGAAGAUCUUUUGAUUCCAUGAACAUUGGCGUUGAAGAAAAACUGCUGAACAAUGAGAUAAACAAAUCAACCUUCACAAAAAUUGAAGAAAACACUGAAAAGAAGAAUAGCCCAGAAAAAGGGAGAGCAACAAUCAUCUUUUCCCUCAAGAAUGAAGUGGGGGGACUUGUGAAGGCACUCAAACUUUUACAAGAAAACCAUGUCAACCUUGUACACAUAGAGUCCAGGAAAUCCAAAAGACGCAACUCUGAGUUUGAGAUAUUUGUGGACUGCGACAGCAACCACGAACAACUGAAUGAAAUCAUCCAGCUGCUUCAGAAGCAUGUGAAUGCCGUGGACAUGGAGCCUACAGAUAACUCCUGUCUACAAGAGGAAGAUAUGUGUAAUGUACCCUGGUUCCCAAAAACAAUUUCAGAUCUGGACAAGUGUGCUAACCGUGUCCUGAUGUAUGGUUCAGAGCUGGAUGCUGACCACCCAGGUUUCAAGGAUAAUGUCUACCGGAAAAGGAGAAAGUACUUUGCUGAUCUUGCCAUGGCCUACAAACAUGGGGAUCCCAUUCCUCGUGUUGAGUUCACAGAGGAGGAGGUGAAGACUUGGGGUGUUGUGUACAGAGAGCUCAACAACUUGUACCCCACCCAUGCCUGCCGGGAAUACUUGAAGAACUUGCCACUGCUGUCUAAAUACUGUGAAUGUCGGGAGGACAACAUCCCUCAGCUGGAAGAUGUCUCACGCUUCCUCAAGGAACGUACUGGAUUUACCAUCAGGCCUGUGGCAGGAUAUUUGUCCCCUCGUGACUUCCUUGCUGGUUUGGCCUUCCGUGUUUUUCACUGUACCCAGUAUGUGCGGCACAGCUCCGACCCAUUAUACACCCCGGAGCCAGACACAUGCCAUGAGCUGCUGGGUCAUGUCCCACUGCUAGCAGAGCCCAGCUUUGCCCAGUUUUCUCAGGAGAUUGGUCUUGUUUCACUUGGGGCCUCUGAUGACUCCAUUCAGAAACUGGCCACAUGCUAUUUCUUCACGGUGGAGUUUGGCCUGUGUAAACAAGAAGGGCAGCUGCGAGCAUAUGGGGCAGGACUGCUGUCAUCUAUCAGUGAGCUUAAGCACGCACUCUCCGGUAAUGCAAGGAUAAUGCCUUUUGACCCCAAAGUUACAUCCAAACAAGAAUGCAUCAUCACAACAUUUCAGGAUGUCUACUUUGUGUCAGACAGUUUUGAGGAGGCCAAAGUCAAGAUGAGGGAAUUUGCCAAGACCAUCAAGCGUCCCUUCACAGUCCGAUACAACCCCUACACCCAGAGUGUAGAUGUGCUAAAAGACACUCCCAGCAUCAACAGCGUUGUGGAAGAACUCCAGCACGAGCUUGACAUCAUUGGUGACGCCCUUAGCCGGCUGAACAAGCAGCUGGGUGUCUGACUGCCCAAAUUCCAGUUUACGUUAACUACCUGCCGGGCAUUACAACUUGUCGUGUCAUCCCCAAACACCUCUGCAGAGAUCCCGCUUGUGUGUUGCCCUUUGUUAGUUGCAAUGAAUGUGCACUGCUUUUGGCAAAAUGCUCUGUUGUCCCUACUGCACGGUUUAUGUCAUAUACAAUUUUCAGCAGUGCAUUAGGUAUGUUUAGCCACUGAUAUCAGUACAUUCUGCAAACCCAAAGAGCUGCUUAAUUGGUGACACUGCUUUGUACUUGGCUAAAUUGGAGUUUAAUGUGGGCAUCCCCAGCUGUUACAAACACAGAUGUGGUUUUUAACUCCUAUUAUCAACUGCUGUUAUACAUGAUCAUGUGAAUUUUUUGUAAAUCAUUUCUUUCACAUUUCAGCUCCCUGACAUCAGUGAUAUGUAUAAAAUGUGCUUUGUUAGUAUUUUGUUUUUGUGUGUGUGUGUGUGUGUGUAAAACAUUCCUUGUUGUGUGCCGAAAUUAUGAAAGUGAAAACUGGUGUUAAAAGAACAUUUUCCUGACUGAUUAUGAUAGAUUUGGCCCAUCUAUUUUAUUUUAAAAUGAUGAAUUUGAAUACCUCCUCUUGAAGUGAAAAUAACUAUAGUACUCCUGAAAACAUUAUUUUUCUACUGUAAAAAAACAGAC